AUGUUUGAUAUUCCAUUAUCAUCCGCCCUUCUCUUUUGCAACACCCACUUUCUGAAAUGCAGUCCUAAAAAUUUACUUAAUUUCUUUUUCUUUCCUUCUUCCUUUCUUUGCUGCCUUUCUUUUAUUUCGUUUCAUUUCCAUUUCUUUCACUUUAUUUCCUUUUUUCUUUUCACUUUCUUUUCGUUUCCUAUUCUUAUUCUUUUUUAUUUUCCCUUUCUUUCUUUUCUUUACCCUUUCUUUCAUUCUUUUUUUUUUUUGCUUACUUCAUUUCUUUCUUUUUCUCCUUCCUUCUAUUCUUUCUUUUAUUUAUUUUCGUUUCUCUUUCUUUAUUUCCUUUUUUCUUUCCUCCUUCUUUCUUUUCUCUAUCUUUUCUUCUUUUCUUUCUGUUGUUCAUUUAUUCUUUCUUUCUUUCUUUCUUCCGUCUUCUUUUCUUUCCUUCCUUUCUUCUUUUACUUCUUUUCGUUUGCCUUUCUUUCUCUUCUUUACUUCAUUACUUCUUUCUUUCCUUCCUUCUUUCCUUCUUUCUUGCCAUCAUUUCUUCUUUUAUUUUUCGUUUCCCUUUUUCUUUCUUUUUUCUUUCUUUCUUUCUUUCUUUCUUUCUUUCUGUAUUUAUUUAUUUAUCUCCGUUUCUCUGUCUGUCUGUCUGUCUUUCUUUUGUUCUUUUUGCGCACAUUCCGUUCUUUUUUCUUUUUCCCCAUCAGUAUACAUCUUUGUUAUAUAAAAAAAAAAAAGAAGGAAAGGAAAGAAAACCAUGAACGUCAUCAGAGCCUUACAUCGGUGUUCGAGUCGCAUAACAACGCUGUCUCAUCCGGUAUAGAUAAGCAACUCCACUCCUCUUCUUUACUUUCAGUGACCUUCCAUCAUCGUCUUCCCACUAUCUUUAAGAACCUCGGUCAACAGAGUCUCACCUCUCACCCAUGA